AUGGGUCGUCAAAUCAUCUCUAACGGCUAUCACCCGGCGGAGCAGAAAAAGGGCGACUUUGCGACUUUGCUGUUACCCGACCGAGAGGAGCUGGAUGGAGGUGAGGCGUGUGUCAAGGAGCUUCAUCCUCAAGUUCGUGCAACAAGAGUAGGCUCUUCAUCGCAUCUGGUACGCUCUCAGGAGGUGGCGACUCAUCUCCCGGCGGAUUAUCCUCUUCCCGACGACAGCUUGUUCGUCGAUCAAUCGGAGAUGCUUUACUUGUUGGAUUUGCGAUCCUUUUAUCGUGAAUUGUUCAACAAUUUUAGUAACAAUGCUCCGCGAAUUGCGUUGACAAGAUUUUCGCCGAUGAUCCAGCGAUUCUUGUUGCUUAAUCCUUCCGUGGCGGUCUGAAGGAAAGUCAUGAUAAUCAGAUAAAAAAAUAUGAGUUUUGGCUUUGGGAGGAUUCGAACCCACGCCGGUUGCCCCACCCCUUCUGGGAAGAUGACGCGGGUUUGGUCUCACAUCGGUUGUGCGUCGAAUUUUCGGACGAAUAUAUAGUAAUGUUAGAUUUCUAAGCAAGUCCGUUUCUCGCGCGUGUACGACCACUCCUUGCCCCACAGCCGGCUUGCCACCAGUGAUGUGGAAGGAGAGUGACACACACGUGCCCCCAUUAGUUCAAGCCGCUCGAGCCCCUGCUCACAGUUACUCCCCGACUAUGCUUCCGACCCGCUUGCGGGCCCGCCAGGCCAGCAGGUCCCCCCAUUUUACUAUGUUUUUUUUUUAUUUCUUUUCCUUCAUUUAUCUCAAAUAUAAGACUGUACAAAUCGUAUAAAAUCACAUAAUUACCUAAAAAUUCACAUUUAUCAACUUAAAACCAUUUUUCACACUUUAACACAAAUAUAAGUCUAUUUAUCAUGAUUUACGGCUAAAACUAUAUUAUUUACUAAUUAUUAACUCAUGAUAAUGAAGACUUAUCAGUCACCUGACGGAGAGGAGCUAGAUGGAGGUGGGGCGCGUGUUAAGGAGCUUCAUCCUUAGGUCCGUGCAGCAAGAGGAGGCUCUUCAUCGCAUCUAAUAUGCUCUCAAAAGGUUGCGACUGACGUGACUCAGUCGUCGUAUAUUAAAUCACGCAAAUAUAAAAUUUAUAAAACUAGAAAAUACGAAUUUUCAGAUAUUUAGAAGUAUUUCUAAAUAAAUAUAUCAAUUAUAAUUCAAUAAAAAUUCCAAAAAUAGCGGUAAUUUUCCAGGUCGAUCACAUGGAUGUAAUAUAAUAUCUAGUAAUUAUUCAGAAUUUGUCUCAAUGAAUACGAUUUUCUAUGAAUUUUAUACUAGGAAAUAAAAAGGAAAUAUAUUUAAAAUUCACGAAAAAGGGAAAUAAGGGUGCAUACAUGAUGAUGACAUCAGCACCCGGCGAGCGCAAAUAACCCGACAAUUUCCCCCGUAUGGAGCAACCGUCGCCCGACGAUUCUUACGUAAGCGAUUACAGACGAUUUAAUUGAUCAAAUUAAGAUCUGUAAAAUCCAGAAGAAUCGUAAUGGAAUGAAGAAUAGUUUGGUAAAUUCAAAUCACACAAAGUAUCACUAAAUGAAGCGUAAAUUAAAUUGAAAGCAGGAAAACAGAGUUCCGACGUCGCGACGGCGAUGCGUCGGCGAUGCACCGGAAUCCUGAGCGUUCGGGAGGAUCGUCGUGCAGUGUCCACGGCCUCGAAGGCUCUCCUUGGACAAAGACGACGUGGGCAAUCUCUAAAUCUUCUCGCGAAGUCUAGAGAUCAAUGAAGUGGGUCAUCAAAUCGUCUCCGGUGGCUGUCACCCAGCGGAGCGGAAAAACGGGGACUUUGCGGCUCUCCGGCGGCUGUCACCUGAUGGAGAGGAGCUGGAUGGAGGUGGGGCGUGUGUUAGGGAGCUUCAUCCUCAGGUCCGCGCAGCAAGGGGAGGCUCUUCAUCACAUCUGGUAUGCUCUCAGGAGGUGGCGACUCGUCUCCCGGCGGAUCGUCCUCUUCCCGAUGACGGCUUGUUCAUCGAUCAAUCGGAGAUGA